CCUGCGUUCAUCCACGAAACGUCAAACUCAUAUGUUUAUGUUAACCUCAAAAUCGCACAAUGUCAAACGAACUGAGCUAAAGAAUGAAAAAGUACCACCAGUUGAUGUUAUUAAUUAUUUCCAUUGUUAGUCUGAGUUUGUUCCUGAUUUACCGGCACGAGUACAACCGCCUGCAUUAUGUAUUAGAAGUGUUUAACUUUUUCGGGCAACCGUGCAACAUCUCCGACCUGCAGCAGACCGAAAACAUACUGAGCCACCACGACUGGGGCCCGCCGCCCGUCUGGCAGGAGCACGAAAGUGGCUACAUUUACUCCGCAUUUCUCACCCGGCAGAACGAAGCCAAGGCAUUGACUUUGCUCAGCGAUGAGAAACUGGUGCCUCGGAACUGCUACUUCUGGUUUGAGGACAAGAAGAAGCCAGUUAUUGGGAAAUUCAAGUUUUCCAAAGUGAUGAGUGACGAGAACGUCCGACUGAAUUUGUAUUUCUACAUUUGUGAGAUGAGCAACAGUGAACAUGUGCCAUAUGCGGUCUCGUUCAGUUUCAAGACGCGCAAAGAUAGCGAGUUGAAGAAAAUCAUGUUGACGAAUUCGUUCAAUCAUCAGGUGAAUAUUAACACGACGAUUUGCGUCUCGCCGUCGAUUUACAGCAAGCGGCGGCUUGUGGAGUUCAUAAGCUAUCAUAAAUUGAUCGGAAUCGACUCGUUUAUUUUUUAUAACAGGGAUGUUCCGCAUCGGUUGGUUAAAAUUAUCACGAAUCUCUCGACAAGGCUCGGUUUGCAAGCCGCGUUCUUGCCGUGGAAUUUCCCGAAAGGGGACAGUCUGGUCACGCGGUCAGUCGUCGAAAAUGAUUGUCUCUUGCGGACGUUCGGGCAGACUUCGUACGCCGUCACUUUGGAGUUAAACGAGUACAUUGUACCUUUGCACAGCUACAGUUUUAAUACUUUUUUGAAAAAUACCGACAGCGAGUCGGGCCGGAUCAGUCUGCCCGUGCAAAAAUUCUGUAUUGAGAACACCGAUACGGCAAAACCGAUUUCAAUGGUAAAUACGGACGUUUCAGAUGACUACAAUUAUAACGUAAUAGUUCGCUAUAUUUACAAGAACAAUCAAAGGAAGGAGGAUAUUUCCACUUAUGCCGUCGAUAAGGGGUUUGCCUCCAUACACAAGUACGUGAGAUGUUCGUUUGAACCUUCCAAAACGCGCAAAGACAAGUCCAUUUUGAAGUUUUCCACUGAUCUCACUCGGUCCACGCUUUUCCAACUCCUUUUGCACAAUCAAAUUUAAAAAGAGAGCAAGUGGAAGCAAUAAACAUCUUAUGAGGAAUGCCGAUAUUUUUGCUUCGAAUUAUACAUUUAAAUGCAUUUAUGGAUAUUAGGCUUGUAAACAAGUUAUUUCCGUUUACACAAUUUUGAUAAAUUACUACACGUGUAUUUAUUUUUAUUAUGUGUAAAUUUAUGUAACGACUCUGUAAUAUACAAGAAAUAAAUUUGGAAAAUGAA